AUGGCAAUGGUUCCUGAAGUAAGUUUGGGUUAUUGUGAGAAGGCCAUGCCGGUGAUAGGCAUGGGCACUUCGGCAUACCCUCCUCCCGAUCCAGAGACCGCGAAAUCAGCAAUUUUGGAAUCCAUCAGGGCAGGCUACAGGCACUUUGACACGGCCUUUGCUUAUGGAUCCGAGAAGCCUCUCGGUGAAGCCAUUGCUGAAGCUUUAAGCCUUGGCCUCAUCAAGUCCCGCGAUGAGCUCUUUAUCACCACCAAGCUAUGGAGUAGCUUCGCUGAACGUGAUAAGGUCGUUCCUGUCUGUAAACUGAGCCUCCAAAACCUUCAAUUGGACUAUGUUGACAUGUAUCUGAUACACUGGCCCCUAAGGUUGAGUGAAAUGAUGCGUGGGGCCCCUGUUCCUAAAGAAAUCAUACAUCCUUUGGAUAUCAAGUCCGUUUGGGAAGCCAUGGAAGAGUGUCAAAAACUUGGCCUCACCAAGGCCAUUGGUGUCAGUAAUUUCUCCUGCAAGAAACUAGAGGAACUCCUCUCAAUUGCCAAAAUCCCUCCAGCUAUCAAUCAGGUGGAGAUGAACCCACUCUGGCAGCAAAAGAAGCUGAGAGAGUUUUGUAAGGGAAAGGGCAUUCACAUCACUGCUUUCUCUCCUUUGGGUGCAAAUGGAACUAGAUGGGGAGACAACAGAAUUGUGGAGUGCGAUGUGCUGGAAGAGAUCGCCAAGGCCAAAGGGAAAACUGCUGCCCAGGUUUCCCUGAGAUGGGUGAUCGAACAAGGGGUGAGUUUGGUGACAAAGAGCUACAACAAGGAGAGAAUGAGGCAAAACCUUCAGAUAUUCGAUUGGUCACUGACGGAGGAAGAGUCGGACAAGAUCAGCCAGCUUCCUCAACGCAAAGGCGUCACAUUUGUUUCUGUUUUAGGACCUCAUGAUCUUGCGCUGGAGCUGGAUGCGGAGGAAUAA